AUGCCUGGAAGACGAUUGAACGAAGAGGGCGUGAUCAAAGCGCUCUGCGAAAUGGUGGCCACAGCCACCGAGUUCAAGGUCGACGCGGGGGCAAUGCAGGCCCAUUUCGGCGUCCAGGUGGAGCGAACAAUCCACCGAAAAAUUGACAACAUGAUCGAGCCAUAUGGCUAUCGAUUCCGGGGGGGCAAGGUCGAGAAGCGGCCUCCGCCCACCGCCGCCACCGUUCCUGCUGCUGCUGGCCCUGCUCCUGCCACCGGCGUCGCCCCGGCCGUCGUUGCGCCUGUCGUUGCCGCUGCUGCCCCCGCCCCCGCCCCCGCCCCCGCCAACGACAAUGAUGGUGAUGGUGAUGAUGAUGACGAGGACGUCGACGUCGACGACAACGACAACAACAACGACGACGACGACGAUGAUGACGAGGGCCAAGAUGACAUGGCCAAUGAAGAGAUCAUCAAGAAGGAGGACGAUGACGACAUUGAGAUGGCUGAUGUCAAAGAUGAAGCCGACGACGAUGUUUCUGCCGGGCCCUCCAAUGUCAAAGAGGAGACUGAUGUUGUGAUCAAGACUGAGGAGGAGUAG